CCGACGUUGCCCUUUUUCAGGAGAAUGUCGAGAGAGAGAAAACCGGGAGGGAAAUCAGCGUUUAUCACCGUAGGCACCACACAGUUUGAGAAACUGACCAACGCUAUUUGUAGUUCAGCCGUUCUUACAACUCUUCUCAAUUUGGGUUACAGAAAAGUCAAAGUUCAAAUAGGCCAUGGUAAGGAGCCUAUUGUAGACAGGGUACCAGGUUUAGAAGUUGAAGUUUAUAGGUUAAAGCCCAGUAUCAGUGAAGACAUCAAUCAGGCCGACUUAGUCAUCAGUCAUGCAGGAGCUGGAAGUUGCUUAGAAACUUUGGCAGCAAACAAACCACUUCUUGUUGUGAUCAAUGAUGAUUUAAUGAAUAAUCAUCAAUUAGAGCUUGCGUAUCAACUCAACAAGGACAAACAUUUAUUUUACUGCACAACAAGCACCUUAGUGGAGACACUUUCUUCUGUGGAUUUUUCUGUAUUAAAACCAUUUCCUCCUGGCCAGCCACAGAAGUUUGGUGAAUUCCUUGACAAUCUAUUUGGCUUUAGUGAACAGAAACAGUCCUAGGAAAAGAAAAUAUAUAUUCUGAUCUGCCGUGUUUCUCAGUGGGGGAAGUAUGUUGUUAAAGGAACUUUGUCUUCAGAAAAGAAGCAUGGCUUCUUUA